CUGAGAAGCGGAAGGGGCGGCCAGCUGCUCGCGGUGCGGAGCAGGGUCAGGAUGGACGAGGACGUGCUAACCACCCUGAAGAUCCUCAUCAUCGGCGAGAGCGGCGUGGGCAAGUCCAGCCUGCUCUUGAGGUUCACAGAUGAUACUUUUGAUCCAGAGCUUGCAGCAACAAUAGGUGUUGAUUUUAAGGUGAAAACAAUUUCAGUGGACGGAAAUAAGGCAAAACUUGCAAUAUGGGAUACUGCUGGUCAAGAAAGGUUCAGAACAUUAACUCCCAGCUAUUAUAGAGGUGCACAGGGUGUUAUUUUAGUUUAUGAUGUCACAAGAAGAGACACCUUUGUUAAACUGGAUAAUUGGUUAAAUGAGUUGGAAACAUACUGCACGAGAAAUGACAUAGUAAACAUGCUAGUUGGAAAUAAAAUUGAUAAGGAAAAUCGUGAAGUUGAUAGAAAUGAAGGCCUGAAAUUUGCACGAAAGCAUUCCAUGUUAUUUAUAGAGGCAAGUGCAAAAACCUGUGAUGGUGUACAGUGUGCUUUUGAGGAACUUGUUGAAAAGAUCAUUCAGACCCCUGGACUGUGGGAAAGUGAGAACCAGAAUAAAGGCGUCAAGCUGACACCCAGGGAAGAAGGCCAAGGAGGCGGAGCGUGUGGUGGUUACUGUUCUGUGUUAUAAACUCUGGGAGACACCAUCUCUUGCGAAUUUGAUCAGAUAAUGUCAUCUUUCUGUAUAUAAACUCUCUAACUGCUAUUUUAGGGACCUUGCAGUUUGCACAUAUUUGUUUUGUAUCAUGGCAGUAAAUAUUUGUGAGAAAGCCCACUCAUUGACUUUUCCAGGUAAAACGUAAGCAUGCAGUUUGCAAUCUGCAGUUUUUUAUGUAACAUAAAAUAGGUGUACCUUUAUAAGUACAUUUGAUUUUAUGAUUUACAUUCAUCAUGUGAUUUUUUAAAAAUCCACCUCUCUAGUAUAUGUCGAUACAAAGUCUAGUUUUGGUCUCCUUUUUGCUUAAAUACUUAUCAAUUACUGAAUUAAUUGGUAUUGUAGAACCCCCAGGACCACUGGGAGAUACACAGAUGUCAUCAAACCUGGCAGAUUUCCCUUCAGGACUAACAAAGAGCAUGAUUCCACAGCUUUCCUAGGAUGUUCGCUGACGGAUUCUCUUUAGUACUAAGCCAAAUCCUCUUUGCAGGAUGUGAUUGAGGCCAAUUUAUAAUUAAAUCCCGUUUGUUCUGAUGAUACUUCUGAAGUAGCAUUAAUAUGUUAAAGCAGUUUGGUCUUCCUUGACUUCAAGAGUAGCUCAUUGCUUAGCUGGAGUUUUAAUUCUGUGAUGUGUACAUGGCUUCAUGAGCCUCUGUGCAGCAUUUUGGGUUGUGUGGUGUUUGACAGAAUGGCAAUAAGGUUCCCCCAUUUUGGUUUCAGAAGGACAGGAGUAGUAUGUUUAUGUAACUCAUGUAGCACUUACCACCUUUAAAACCAACACCUUUUCCCAUAAAUGUUGGUGGUGUUUGUUCCGGUACUUCAAUUAUAGCUUGUGUAAUGUUAAUGAAUAUCUAUAUCUUAUGACUUCCAUAAAUGACUAGUUGAUAUUAAAAAACAUAUUUCUGUGUUUUGAGGGUUGGGGGAAAAAACACUAAACUAUAAUUUGAGAAAGGCAUAUUGCUUCCAGAUUUCGAUGUAUAUGGGAAAAUACUGUUGCAGUGAAAAUCUUGGUACAAACUUGUACAGACUAAUAAAUCUUUUACACAGUAUUCAGUUUUGUAACCUCCUGCUAUUGUACAUUGUAUAUUU